GCGCCGCCAGUUUGGCCACUCCAUUACAUUCUCUAAUUUAAUGGCUUAUUCGAUAAUCAACAUGGUGUUGGUCUUCACCUUUUCUCCCAUCAGUUACGAGCUGGGUUCUAGCCUAUCCCCAAAUGGAAUUUUUGAGGAGAUUGAUGAUAAUUUGACACUUGAAGAGCUUAAUCAUCCAACAAUGAUAUUGAUACUUAUUAUUUCCAUCUUGAUUGUCCUGCAUAGAUAACAAUGCGAGGCAACUAUCUAGUGCACUGGAGGGAAAACAAUGGUUUUGACGAUGUGUUUGGAGGUUUCAUGAUGGAACCACCCCCGUUCCUGAAUUUAAAAUGAUAAGUCAUUCUUAUCCCUGUAAUGAAGGCUAUGUGAUCCUUGAAGACUAAGACAUAUCUUAAUUUAGGAUAGUUGGUUGAGAAACAUUAAAAGACUGACAUUGGAUCCGUUUUUGAGGGAUGAGCUCACGAACCUUCUCUAACAAAGGGUGAUUGUUUCUGAUGGGUUUGUUACGUUUUGUUAUCAACGAUUGCUUGCGGGUUAGGACAUUUUGCUCUACAGGUAUUGCAAUGGUGCACAAGAGUGGUGCCUAGGCCCGCAAGAGACGAUGCACAUAUUUCAACUAUAAUAUCAAGUUUUUGGAUCACACAUUUUUUGCUCUACAGGUAUUGCAAUGGUGCACAAGAGUGGUGCCUAGACCCGCAGGAGACGAUGCACAUAUUUCAACUAUAAUAUCAAGUUUUUGGAUCACACAUUUUGUCUAUGUCUUUGCUUUGUCAGAUGGAGGAGGAGAUAGUGUUUCUUUUCUUCAUAGGCUGCCAAUUCGCAAAUCAAGUGUGGACAACUUCGGAUCUUGGCUGGUACACACUUAAAAUUUCUAGUUUUGUACUGUGGCUUGAGAAACUUUUUAGGCCUUUUGAUUUGCAUGACCAGGCGGGUCUAGCAUUGCACACUGUGUGGACAAUUUGGGGUGCCACCUUAGGCUAGCUUCGUGAAGGUUAAUGUUGGACUUGGCGAGUCCAUAUGCUUGGUUGAUGGAGAGGUGCGAGUGGGCUUUCUUUCUCGUGAUGACCUUGGGGGCUUCAUGCACAUCAAAGAAUAUGUCUGUUAGAGGCAACUAUGGCCCAAGGGAAACGGAGGUAUUAGCAGUAAAAAAGGCUCUUAGCUGGAUCAAAUCAAAAGGUUGGACGCAGGUGGAGGUUGAAACUCGUUGCAACGACGUUGCGGAUGUGCUUAAUAAUUCUUCACAAGAUUGGUUUUCUCUUCAAUAAUUGGUGAUUAUAAACCCUUGUGUUAUGUGGGAGGCUCUUUUUUC